AUGAAGAGGUUCGUUGAGAGGAGACGGACUACUGUAGGUGUAUGUUUCAGACCUCGGGUCAUCAAAGAGGAGGAGGAGGAGGCGGAGGACACCGACAAUGGACUCCACAGUUCCUCUCCCCCGGCAGUUAAGAGCAGGUGAGUCGGAAUACUUGGUACCUUAUGUUCUGGUGCUUUUUCAUAAUAGUAACAAUAGAAUGUGGAACCAUGUUGAACUAAAGAGGACUCCGAUUGAGCUAAACUUUUUUUGCUUUCGGACCCUAUAGGUUGAGAUCGCUAGAACUGCUCAAUCCUUAAGAAAGGUCCAUAAAAUCAUCCCCGUUCUUCUCUUUAAAAACGUUUUAUUCCGUAAGCUUUGCUCAAGCCCUCAUCAAUGUUCUCCAGGGACAUUGAUGAGGGGGCCUUAGCGACGACGUGGAUUUGUGACAGGAAAAGGACCGGAAAAUGUCACCGGGGUCUGGGACUAUUCGUGGUGAGACCCGUCUGGGCAAAUGGAUGCAAACUCGUCCAUGUAAAUUAACUGGUUUGCGGCCGCGAACUGUGUGAAUACCUUAGAGUGCGAUUGCCAAACGUUACUCCCAAGAGACUCCAAGAGCGUUGUGACUUCGAAAUGGAACUGUUCCGAAAUGGAAGUGUUCCAUUUUGAAGUCGCACCCGAAGAGCACCGAGAUCAUUGCCAUUGGGGCGCUCUUGCAAUCUCUCAUCCCUCUCUUUUCAGCAUCAAAUCGGAGGAGCUGAAAUGCGAGCUCUGCGACACGGUGUGCUCCUCCAUCUCUCAGCUUCAAUCGCACACUCUUUCGGAGCACAUCCCGAAGCGAAAGGUAAGCCCCGCCCCUCCCUAGCCCGUGCUCUCGCUCAUUCGACUCGGCUAAUGAACCGCCAGUCACCUUGCCCUUCGCAGACGUCGUCAGGCGGCGCCGUCACUCCAGUCCAACGCAUCUCGUGCCAGCAGUGCGCCGACACCUUCGAGAACUUUCCGCAGUUCGCCAUCCACAUGAAGUCGCAUCUUUCCGCCACCAACUCGGUCUUCUACUGUCCCGUCUGUCCGAUGGGCGCCCAGUUCCGCGAUAAAAAGGUGUGUUUGUGUUUCAAAGAGUACUAAAUAAAGUGAGCCGUUCGCUAUUUCAGAGCCAACUCGAGCACAUCACCCUACAGCACGUGCAAGUGCAGCUGACACAGUACGUGUGCACUCACUGCGACGCGAUCUGUGCGACGAACACCGCGCUGGCCUCUCACUUCGCCGACACUCAUCGGAAGUUCCUGUGCGCCAACUGCGAAUACACAACCGACAACGAGAAGGCGUUCAAGGAGCACGCGAAAGUGCACUCGCGGCAGAUCGUCAUGUACGGAUGCUCACUUUGCGGGCAGGCGUGGCCCACGCCGCAGAGUCUGGUUAAUCACGUUCAGAUGGCACAUGAUCAGCAGUGAGUUGAGAGAAGGGAAAAGAGAGAGAGAGAGAGAGAGAGAGAGAGAGAGAGAGAGAGAGAGAGAUAAAGGAGAAGUGGAAGUCAUUAUAGACAAAGGUGACGUCCUCAGGGACCAAGUGCAUGCGACUUGAAAACGGGAAAAGAAAAUAAUCUUUGAACUUCCUUUCGGCCAGAUUUGUCGUGGGCCAGGCCCUUAUUUGGAUGCAAAACGUUCAAAGCGUGAUUUCGGAGACAAGGUUCUUUCUUUCCAAUUUCCCAAAAGGCUGCUCUAAACUUUUACUCGGCCACGGCUAUCCCGUCACAGCAGCAAGCCCGAACUAAAAGCCGCAUUUUAUGAAAAAUCCCGGCCUUUGCGGCCUUCUGACUAGAUAAUCCGAUCGGUCCAAACCUUGGGCCCAAGGCACUUCAAUCCAAAUCUGAAGUUCAGACCCCAAGAAGUCUCCCUCCACCGUAAUCUUUCAGAGAAACCUUCUACCAUCCGAAUCUUCUCGCCGCCAAAUCCUCGUCGCCCUCUCCGAAACCUUCGAAGCCGCGCGUGCUCCAAUGUUCGGUUUGCGAUGAGCAAGUGCUCGGGGAGGACGGGCUCGACGAUCAUCGGCUUCGGAUGCACUGCAAAGUGAGGUUCGCGGACAAGUGCGCCGAUUGUCAGGCGCCGAUCAAGACGGAGACGAGGUAAGGCUUAGAAGUCGCUCUCUACCGCAAAAGUGCCUCUAAUUCCCCAAAUUGUUCAGUUUUGUGGACCACUGCCUGCGUCACGCGAAAGAUCACAACCACCACUGUCCGGUAUGCCGUCAGAGCCUACGAUCGGAUGCUCAGAUCCACGCGCACUGUGUGUAUCACAUGCGGAAGCCCGAGUCCGAGAUGAAGGAGGAGGAGGACUUUCAGGAGGAUCGCGAGGAUUUCAACUUCACAUGUCCCAUUUGUGGAGAGGUUCGUUGAAACGAAACACGUGUUCCGUUUUCCUGAAAUUGAGGUUUCAGAAGUUUGACGAUCCGAUCGCAGUGAUGCAACACACUCAAGACCAUCAGAACUAA